UGUCCGCCAUGGCUAAACCAGACAAGGGUCUUGGCCCUCUUGGUCUAUUUCAGUAUUUCAGGCUUUCCUAUCUGCUAAUGUAUCUCAUUGCAGCUGGUGCACUUGGAGGCCUUGGACUUUUGCUCCUGCAGAGGUUUGGAGCUUCUCCAGCACGGGAAAAACCACUGGUGGUUGUUGUGCCCGGUGGAGGGUUGACUGCGGAUGGGCUUCCCACUCUUUGGGUAAGGAGGAGACUAUUGGAGGCUGCAGAUGUUUACUUCGACAGAAAGAAGUCCGGUGAGCACGUUGUUGUGGUCACGCUGUCUGCAGGGACUCCUCACAAGCCCAUGCCGCUUGAUCCACAUUCCGGCUAUCAAGUCUACGAAGCCGAGGCCAGUGCCCGAUGGCUUGUCCGUGAGCACAAAGUUCCUGCUGAGGAUGUCUUCGAAGAGAACUGGUCCUUGGAUACGAUAGCCAAUGCCUUUUUCCUGAGGACGACUCACACAGACCCAGCUGGCUGGAAUAGGCUGCUUGUGAUCAGCAACGCAUUCCAUAUGGCAAGAACCAUGGAAAUCUUCCGCAAGGUAUUUGAUCUCCCUCCAUUCCAGGAUGGCAAGUACAGCUUGGAGUUUAGAGAAGUACCCGACGAAGGUGUCGAGCCAGCCGUUUUGGAAAGACGUAGAGUGCGCGAGGCAAAGUCCUUGGCAAGCUUUAGGGAAAAGAGCUCCUCAAUAGCUUCAAUGCAGCAGAUGCAUGCAUUUAUUUUUAAAGAGCACAUGGCCUACGCUUCAGCGAGACUGAUGAAGGACCGCGAACCUGUGGACCCAGUCGUUGUUGAAUCUUACUGACGCGCGAAGAAACAGGCUAAAA